AGGAAAGCCAGGUCGUGAGGCUCGUUAAGACCACAGUGAUAUCUCAAGCAGAUCUAGAAAGGGAAACACCAAAGGAAAAGGCUCAACACUGUGAAAAUGAAAGGUAAGAAGAGUAAGGAAGAUAUGGCCGUGGAAAAGGCAAAAGUCGAACAAAAUGGGGACAUAAGUGAAACUAAGGAGAAAGAGAAGGCCCCAAAGAUGGAAAUGGUCAGUCCGAUAGCUAUUUUUCGUUUUGCAGAUGGAUUGGAUAUAUUCCUAAUGGUAGUUGGAACUAUAAUGUCCAUGGCCAAUGGGGCUGUGCUUCCAGCCAUGGUUGUUGUCUUUGGCGAUAUGACUGACAGCUUUGUGACCGAUUCCAUAAAAGAUCAAUUAAACAUAACCCUUCCAUCUAACGAGACAUUGGGAGAGCAGCUGACAAGACAUGCCAUUUACUACUCCAUCAUGGGAGCCGUCGUACUGAUGGCCGCCUACCUGCAAGUGGCCCUCUGGACCCUGGCUGCAGGGCGCCAAGUGAAGAGGCUGAGGAAGCUGUUCUUCCACUCCAUCGUGCAGCAGGAAAUAGGGUGGUUCGAUGUGAACGAGACAGGGGAGCUCAACACUCGCCUGACCGAUGACAUUUUCAAAAUCAACGAGGGCAUCGGUGACAAGCUGGGGAUGUUGAUACAGUCCACGACCACGUUCUUCACCGGCUUCAUUGUCGGCUUUGCCAAGGGCUGGAAGCUGACCCUGGUCAUCCUCGCCAUCAGCCCAGCCUUAGGAAUCUCCGGAGCACUGCUGUCCAAGCUCAUGACGUCGUUCACCUCCAAGGAGCAGACGGCCUACGCCAAGGCUGGGGCGGUCGCUGAGGAAGUGCUUUCUGCUGUCAGGACAGUCAUUGCCUUCAGCGGGCAGAGGAAAGAGAUAGAGAGGUACCGCAAAAAUUUAGAGAAUGCCAAGAACGUCGGUGUGAAGAAGGCCAUCACUGCCAACAUUGCGAUGGGCUUCACUUUCCUGAUGAUAUACCUUUCUUAUGCCCUGGCCUUCUGGUAUGGCAGCACUCUCAUUCUGGCAAAGGAGUACACCAUCGGUGUUGUGCUAACGGUCUUCUUCGCUGUCAUCAUUGGCGCCUUCGCGCUGGGCCAGACGACGCCGAACGUGCAAUCGUUCGCCAGCGCACGCGGGGCCGCCCAUAAGGUCUACGCCAUCAUCGAUAACAAACCCAAAAUUAACAGCUUCUCCAAUGAUGGCUACAAACCUGACAUCAUGAAAGGGAACAUCGAAUUCAAAAAUAUCCAUUUCACAUAUCCAUCGCGACCAGAUGUCAAAGUGUUGAAUGGCAUGAAUCUGAAGGUGAGCAGUGGGCAGACCAUCGCUCUGGUGGGCAGCAGUGGCUGCGGGAAGAGCACCACUGUUCAGCUGCUCCAGAGGUUCUACGACCCACAGGAGGGCAUGGUCAGUAUCGAUGGGCAUGACAUCCGCUCCCUCAAUGUUCGCUUCCUGCGGGAGAUGAUUGGCGUGGUGAGCCAGGAGCCAGUGCUGUUUGCCACCACCAUCGCCGAGAACAUCCGCUACGGCCGCCAGGACGUGACCCAGCAGGAGAUAGAGCAGGCCACGCGGGAGGCCAAUGCCUACGACUUCAUCAUGAAGCUUCCUGAUAAAUUUGAAACCCUGGUGGGAGACAGGGGCACCCAGUUGAGUGGAGGUCAGAAGCAGAGGAUUGCUAUCGCCCGCGCCCUCGUUCGCAAUCCCAAGAUCCUCCUGCUGGACGAGGCCACUUCUGCUCUGGACGCAGAGAGCGAGACCAUCGUGCAGGCUGCUCUGGACAAGGUGAGACUGGGAAGGACUACAAUCAUCGUGGCCCACCGCCUCUCGACUAUCCGCAACGCAGACGUCAUCGCCGGCUUUCAGAACGGAGAGAUCGUGGAGCUGGGCACUCACAGCGAACUGAUGGGCCGGCAAGGAGUGUACCACACCUUGGUCACCAUGCAGACGUUCAAGAGCGCUGAGACCACAGAGGAGACAGGGGAGGAGGUUACUAUGGAUGAGAAGAGUCCAUCUGUGAUGUCACUGUCAGAAUCCAACCUCUUCAAAAGGAAGUCCACCAAAGGCACCCACGGAAACGCUGAGACAGACCAGAAGGAUGACAAAGACCAGCCUGAGGAAGAGGAAAAGGUUCCGGAGGUGUCGUUUCUGAAGGUGCUGCGCCUGAAUCUGCCCGAGUGGCCCUACAUUGUGGUGGGCAUCUUCUGCGCCAUCGUCAACGGGGGCAUGCAGCCCGCCUUCGCCAUCAUCUUCUCCAAGAUCAUCGCGGUGUUCGCUGAAACAGAUGAAGACGUGAUGAGAGAGCGAUCCACGUUCUUCUCCCUGAUGUUCGCGGCAAUCGGGCUCAUUUCCUUCAUCACUAUGUUUUUCCAGGGCUUCAGCUUUGGAAAAGCUGGUGAAAUUUUAACCAUGAGGCUGAGAUUUAUGGCCUUCAAGGCCAUGCUGAGACAGGAGCUGGGCUGGUUCGACGACCCCAAGAACAGCGUGGGCGCCCUGACCACCCGGCUGGCCACGGAUGCCGCCCAAGUGCAAGGCGCGACGGGACUCAGGCUGGCCACCUUGGCGCAGAACUUCUCCAACCUGGGGACGUCCAUCAUCAUCGCCUUCGUGUACGGCUGGCAGCUGACCCUGCUCAUCCUGUCCAUCGUGCCCCUGCUGGCCAUCGCCGGAGCCAUCCAGAUGAAGAUGCUGGCGGGGCACGCUGCCAAGGACAAGAAGGAGCUGGAGGUGGCUGGGAAGAUCGCCACAGAAGCCAUAGAGAACAUCCGCACGGUUGUGUCACUGACCAGAGAGCAGAAGUUCGAGAGCGUGUACCAGGAGAAUUUGGUAGUGCCGUACAAAAACUCGAAGAAAAAGGCUCAUGUUUACGGCCUCACGUUUGCAUUUUCCCAAGCGAUCGUUUACUUUGCCUACGCCGGCUGCUUCCGCUUCGGGGCGUGGCUGAUUGAAAAAGGAUACAUGGAUUUCGAGGGUGUCUUUCUGGUUGUUUCCGCUGUGUUGUAUGGCGCUCUCGCCCUGGGAGAGGCCAACUCCUUCACUCCGAACUACGCCAAGGCCAAGAUCUCCGCUUCCCACCUGUUCAUGCUGAUUAAUCGAGUCCCAGCCAUCGACAACGACUCAGACCUGGGAGAAAAGCCGGAUCAGUUUGACGGUAAUGUGAGGUUCGACGACGUGCACUUUAACUACCCGUCCCGGCCGGACGUGCCCAUCCUCCAGGGCCUGAGCCUGCGAGUGAAGAAGGGCCAGACCCUGGCACUGGUGGGCAGCAGCGGAUGCGGGAAGAGCACCACCAUCCAGCUGCUGGAGCGCUUCUACGACCCACUAGGGGGCGCUGUGAUGUUGGACCAACAUGAUGCCAAACAGCUGAACAUCCACUGGCUGCGGGCGCAGAUGGGCAUCGUAUCCCAGGAGCCCAUGCUGUUCGACUGCAGCCUGGCAGAGAACAUCGCAUAUGGGGACAACAGCAGGGAAGUCAGUCAGGAGGAAAUCAUAGAGGCAGCCAAAGCUGCCAAUAUCCACUCCUUCAUUGAUAACCUACCCCAGAAAUACCAGACCCAGGCUGGGGACAAGGGGACACAGCUCUCAGGGGGUCAGAAACAGCGGGUGGCCAUCGCCCGAGCCAUACUCCGAAACCCCAAACUGCUCCUCCUGGAUGAGGCCACAUCCGCUCUGGAUACAGAGAGUGAAAAGAUCGUUCAGGAGGCCCUGGACAAGGCACGAGAGGGCCGCACCUGCAUCGUGGUGGCCCACCGCCUCUCCACCAUCCAGAACGCCGACCGCAUCGCUGUGUUCCAGAACGGGCAGGUGGUGGAACAGGGCACGCACCAGCAGCUGCUGGCCAAGCAGGGCGCCUACCACACCCUGGUCACCUCCCAACUGGGGUACAACCACAAAUAGCGGCGUUAUCCCACAGCUGAGGGGUCGGGACUGAGGGACGCAGGGAAGCUCCAAGGGACAUCUGACAUAUUUAUUCACCGCUGUGUGUCGGCCACCGC